AUGCGUCUUCGAAAAUGGAUGUCUAACGACGAAGAUUUGCUGCAGCGUAUCAGUGAACGUCAGAACGGAGGAACGACGUCGUUGGUGGGAGAAAUGCAACCACGAAAGGUUCUGGGAGUUGUGUGGAAUCCCCGAACAGAUAAAUUCGGCUUUGACUUGAGUGCGCCGAUCGGGUUUACAAGUACAAUGAAACGUGCCGUACUUCAAUCCUGCGCACGCAUCUUCGACCCUUUCGGAUUCUUGGCGCCAGUUGUCACUAGUGUAAAGCUACUGUUCCAAGCGCUCUGGGAACGAGGAACAGAUUGGGACGAUGACUUGCCGUCAGAUAUCUCAAUGGAGUGGAAUGAAUGGUGCAACGAGCUACCGUGUCUCCAGUACGUGACGAUUCCAAGGAAGCUAGCCGAAGACCUCAAUAACGGCGAGUCAACUAAGACUCUACACGUCUUCUCGGAUGCUAGCCCACGAGCUUACGGCGCAGUCGCGUACUUGAGGACAGAAACACCACAAGGGGAUGUAAAUGUAUCAUUGGUGAUGUCCAAGUCACGUGUUGCCCCUUUAAAGAAAAUGUCACUCCCACGUAUGGAACUGAUGGGUGCAGUUGUCGCCGCACGGCUGUCGAACUACAUCAUUAAAACGCUUCCUCCUCCCGAUUUGGCGAUCCAUCUUUGGUCGGACUCGACUGUGACCCUGCAUUGGAUUACGGGUAAUGCCAACCGAUGGACACGAUUUGUCGCCAACCGCGUCUCCGAGAUUCAGCAGCUAACGGAUCCCGCUAAUUGGAGUCACUGCCCAGGAAAAGAAAACCCCGCGGACUUGCUUACGCGUGGCCAGCGACCCGACGCUCUCCUGAGAAGUCAAGUGUGGUGGAGUGGUCCACAAUGGCUACAGAUACCGCAGUCACAAUGGUUACUUGAGCCCUCAGUACCAGCGAACGUGGAAGAUUACUCCGCAGAAGAGAGAAAAAGUAUGAAGAUCCGCAAAGUUGUUACCAAACCAGUGUCAUGUCGCAUAUUACGCAUCGAAAGCUACAGCUCCCUGACGCGAGUGACCCGUAUAACUGCGUGGGUCAAACGGUUCGUCAGCAACUGCAGGAACAGAUCACGUAGACGGACGGGACAACUGACUUCCGAGGAAUUAACGCCUGCAGAGAUUUAUUGGAUAACUAACGUGCAAAGGGAUUCAUUCGCCAAAGAUAUUGCGAAGUUGCGUUCAUCGGAGCCGCUCGGACCAGACAGCACUAUCUGUAACCUUUCCCCAUACCUGGACAAUGAUGGGAUUCUUCGUGUUGGGGGAAGACUACAGUUCAGCGACAUAAAGGAGACAACGAAGCCUGUGAUUCUUCCGUCAACUCACUCAUUUGCUGCCCUUCUCACUGACAGGGAACAUAUACGACUGCUGCAUGCAGGGGAGUGGGAUACUUUGGCUCAGCUACGGGAGGACUAUUGGAUCGUGAAGGGACGCCAGGCUGUGAAAAAGAUUAUCUGGCGUUGUCUAAUUUGCCGAAAGGAAGAGUAA